AUGGCUUCUCGACGACUAGUCUUUCGCCUUUUGGCCCAGCACAAACCGCUUGGUCAAUUGAGCUGCAACCAAGCAACAAACCGCUGCCGGAGCUCCCAGAGACGUCUUUCCAGCUUCGCGCACACUUCUGCCUCCCAGCACUCUUCAACGUUCUUGACAAAGUACUUUGGCUGGGCAGCUUUGAGCUUGCUCGCCGCUUCUCCCUUUUUAUACAAGAUGGCUAUCCCGGAUAAGUUGAACCUUGAUUCGCUGAGUCUCGUCGAGCGUGACCAGCAAACGAAGCGGGAAAAUGCCAUUACAGAUGCCUCGCCGAUGCGCCUCCGCAUGGAGAAGUUUGUCAAGGAGAAGCAGAAGGAGAUUGUGCAGGCGCUAGAGGCGGUGGACGGCUCAAAGUUCCAGGUGGACGAGUGGCAGCGGAAGGAGGGCGGCGGCGGCAUCACCUGCGUGCUGCAGGACGGCAAUGUGUUUGAGAAGGCGGGCGUGGGCAUCAGUGUCGUGUACGGCUCGCUGCCCAAGGCGGGCAUCAUGAAGAUGCGCGCCAACCACAAGAACCUGGUGGACGGCGAGAAGAUCCCCGACAGCCUCGAGUUCUUCGCCGCCGGGCUCAGCCUCAUCGUACAUCCCAAGAACCCCAUGGCGCCGACGGUGCAUCUGAACUACCGGUACUUUGAGACAGCGAAGCCGGACGGGACGUCGGGCGCAUGGUGGUUUGGGGGCGGGAGCGACCUGACGCCCAACUACAUAUUCGGCGAGGACGCCGUACAGUUCCACAAGUCGCUCAAGGACGCCUGCGACAGGCAUAACAAGGGCUACUACCCCAGGUUCAAGAAGUGGUGCGACGAGUAUUUCUACAAUAAGCACCGCAAUGAGAGCCGGGGGAUAGGGGGUAUUUUUUUCGACGACCUGGACGAGACAGUGCAGGACAAGGAGAACUUGUUUGCGUUCAUCAAGGAUUCACUUGACUCGUUUGCCCCGACAUAUACAGCCAUCGUCAAUAGGCGCAAAGACAUGCCGUUCACAGAGGAGGAGAAGGAAUGGCAGCAGAUCCGGCGGGGUCGGUAUGUCGAGUUCAACCUGGUGCACGACCGCGGAACCUCGUUUGGGUUGAACACGCCGGGCGCCCGGGUCGAGAGCAUCUUGAUGAGCCUGCCCCUGACGGCGGGAUGGAAGUACAUGCACGAGCCCAAGCCCGACAGCAGGGAAGCCAAACUGGUGGAGGUCUUGAAACACCCCAAGGAAUGGGUAUAG